GCGGCAGGCUGCUCCACUCGGGCUUGAGGGAAGCCGCGCUGCUCCUCGCUCCACGAUGCUCCUCCGACCAUAAACACUCCGCUCACCUGCUCCAGAGGAGAGAGGAGGCACAGACACGGACUUGCUUUGCGCUUUUUUGGCUCUCCGUUCAGGAGACAGCGAGAGAGAAUAAAGAAGGAGAGAGUGAGAAAAGCGACCCAAAGGAAGCAAAGGCAGAGGGGAUUGUGGAAUAGACCAAAGCCGUCCUCACCGUUUAAGAGGAUUGCGUUGCUCUGCUACUAACGCCGCUUUCGUUGCCGACGGCCAACCGUCACGAUGUCCUCGUGUGGGAAGGAAAACAGCGCUGCCCUGCACGCCAGUUACGUGGGACCGUACCGUUUGGAGAAGACCCUCGGGAAAGGGCAGACAGGUUUGGUGAAGCUCGGGGUGCACUGUGUCACAUGUCAGAAAGUCGCCAUAAAGAUUGUCAACCGGGAGAAACUCAGCGAAUCUGUUUUAAUGAAGGUGGAGAGAGAAAUCGCUAUUCUCAAGCUAAUAGAACACCCACAUGUUUUAAAGUUGCACGAUGUCUACGAAAAUAAGAAGUAUUUGUAUUUGGUUUUAGAGCAUGUCUCUGGGGGAGAGUUGUUUGACUAUCUGGUGAAAAAAGGGAGGUUAACACCCAAAGAGGCACGCAAGUUCUUCAGACAGAUCAUCUCCGCUCUUGACUUCUGCCAGAGUCACUCCAUAUGUCACAGGGACCUGAAGCCUGAGAACCUGCUGCUAGAUGAAAAGAACAACAUUAGGAUAGCAGACUUUGGCAUGGCCUCUCUGCAGGUGGGGGACAGCCUCUUGGAGACCAGCUGUGGGUCACCCCAUUACGCCUGUCCAGAGGUCAUUCGGGGAGAGAAAUAUGAUGGGAGGAAAGCAGACGUAUGGAGCUGUGGUGUCAUUCUGUUUGCUCUCUUGGUGGGAGCCCUGCCAUUUGAUGACGAUAAUUUACGGAACUUGUUAGAAAAAGUGAAGCUGGGAGUGUUUCACAUGCCGCACUUCAUUCCACCAGACUGCCAGAACCUUCUACGAGGGAUGAUAGAGGUGGACGCUAGCAAACGACUAACGUUAGAACAGAUCCAGAAGCACACGUGGUACAUUGGGGGGAAGAAUGAACCGGAACCCGAGCAGCCUGUGCCGAGGAAGGUGGCCAUCAGGAGCCUGCCGUCAGCUGACGACAUCGACCCCGACGUACUGGAGAGCAUGCACUCGCUUGGCUGCUUCCGGGACAAGAACAAACUGAUGAAGGACCUAUUGUCGGAUGAUGACAACCAGGAGAAGAUGAUCUAUUUCCUCCUGCUGGACCGGAAGGAGAGGUACCCCAGCCAUGAAGACCAAAACCUCCCCCCACGCAACGAUAUAGAUCCACCAAGAAAGCGAGUAGACUCCCCCAUGUUGAACCGACAUGGCAAGAGGAGGCCAGAGCGCAAGUCCAUGGAGGUGCUGAGCGUGACAGACGGAGGAUCACCUGUGCCAGCACGGCGAGCCAUCGACAUGACACAGCAUGGACAGAGUAAAACAGUGUUCAGUAAAAGCUUGGAUAUCUCUGAGGCCCACCCCAGGUGCAGCAAAGAGGAAAGAUCACGCUCAAUCAGCGGAGCUUCAUCAGGUCUCUCCACCAGUCCACUUAGUAGUCCACGGCCCGCCCGAAAGUUCUGUGUACCCCCCCAGAUGUCUGAAUUUUCCUUAUCGCCCAACACUAGUCCCACUGAUUCCCCUGAGCAGCCCCACGCAAACCAAACUGAAGCUCACACUCUAACACCCAACUCCCUGUCGCCAAAUUCAGCGUCUGAGUCACUCCUGGGUACAUGCCCAAAGACUCAGACCCUUCCAGCCAAGCCUAAAGUCUCUGAUAAGCCCCUACACGCCACUAAAUCCAACCCGUUACCAGAAACUGAGCCCCAGCCCAUUUCGGCUGCGCGCUCAGAGCCCUCCACCCCAUCCCAGCCCCAGCCACCCACUAUCCCUGGCAGCCCCCUGGUGCGCCGGGCCGCUCCCACUACCACUGCGCCAACUCAACUCUCAGUGCCCUUCUCACCUGUCAUGCCUCUUGCCCCCAUCCGCCUACACCACUUCCAUCCUGUACCCAGCUCUGACCACAGCACCAAAUCUAUCCCCACCAUACAGGUGACCCCCCACCCCUCCCCCAGGGGCAGUCCUCUCCCCACCCCCAAAGGGACACCUGUCCACACGCCCAAGGAGAGCCCAGCAGGCACCCCGACCCCAACGCCCCCUCCCAGCCCCUCCAUCGGGGGCAUGCCCUGGAGGACACGCCUCAACUCCAUAAAGAACAGCUUCUUGGGCUCGCCGCGCUUCCACCGCAGGAAACUGCAAGUUCCGACCCAAGAGGAGAUGUCCAGCCUCACACCAGAGUCUUCCCCGGAACUUGCCAAAAAGUCAUGGUUUGGUAACUUUAUCAACCUGGAGAAAGAGGAGCAGAUCUUCGUGGUUAUCAAAGACAAGCCUCUGAGCUCCAUUAAAGCCGACAUAGUGCAAGCCUUUCUGUCGAUUCCAAGUCUCAGUCACAGUGUGAUUUCUCAGACGAGUUUUCGGGCAGAGUAUAAGUCAACAGCGGGCCCCACUGUCUUCCAGAAGCCUGUGAAGUUCCAGGUGGACAUCACCUACACAGAGAGCAGCACAGCCACCAAGGAGAAUGGCAUCUACUCUGUCACCUUCACCCUGCUCUCAGGUCCAAGCCGGCGCUUUAAGCGAGUGGUGGAGACAAUCCAGACACAGUUGUUAAGCACACAUGACCAACCAGGGGUCCAGCAGCUGGCUGGCAGCCCCUUGAGUAACUUCUUUGACGUAAUUAAACAACUUUUUUCAGACGAGAAGAACGGCCAGGUGCCUCAUCCACCUGGCACACCCAACAGACACCCGCCUAAUACCCGGCGGCACGAGCCUGACCCUAGUGACUCUAAGUGCCCAGCGGGCAAUGCCAGGGACAGUCCCAGGAUGGUGGCCUCUGUUGGAACACAGGAGCAGCCCUAGAGAAGAUGUUCCAUUAUAGACCUGUAGAAAUAAUACAAUCAAGCUCUGUUUAGACCUGACAGCUUCACUGAUGUACAUACUAUCAGCAGUGAUGUAAACAUCCUUUUCCAAUAGGCUUCUGUCUGAUGGAGCAACUGCAUAAACACAUGAGAAGAGGAGUUUUACAGAUUAUAGCACAUCCAUGCGUCCCCCUGCUCUGUCCUUUCCAUUUCCCCUGCCAUCGUCAUUUGUAGCGAAGCCUUUUCCUUCAUGUCUUUUUGUUUGUGUCCACCUUUCUUUCCCUCCUCACCUGUGUGAUGACUUGUUUUUGCUGCCAGGAAUUAUCCAGAAAAGCUAUUAACACCCCGCUCCCCUGCUCCACCUGCGCCCGCACCGACCCACACUCGUUGACAGAGGGCGCUGUUCGACACGAGCCAAUUUCCGAGGAAGUCAGACGCUUCAUCCUUCCUCACCUUCCCUCUCUCCAAACGCCUCCAUGCUGCUCCUUGAGGAAAACACACACUCAUGCAAUCACACGCUCUCCUCUCCUCUCCUACCCGUCCACCUUUUCCUCAUCCAAACUUAGAGACACAAGUGCGUACUCACAAGGUACUGUGAGAUACGCCUUAACACUUCUGAAUCAAAUAACACACACACACACACACACACACACACACACAUGGACAUGCACAACUCUGGGAUUUACUCAAAAAGAAAAAAGAGAAAUGGGGAGAAAAGACAUUACGGAUUGUCCCAAGGGGAUGGAAACUCUUCACAGAUUGUAUUAUGUGCUUUUUUCCCUUUCACUGUUGACUUUCUUUUCAAUGAGCUGGGUUCGUUCAAUCUCAAACCACUGCUGCAAAAGGACUGAAAUGCUUAUCCAGUAGGGGUGGGGCGGGUAGGGGGUAAUAUUGAGAGGAAUGAUGAAGAGGUUAAUGAGAUUAUACUAAUGAAUGAUUUGUUCUGUUGUACAGACCAAUACACUUCUUAUGUAUAACAAAAUGUCUAGAUGUAAUACUAAUGUUUAGUUCUGUUGUAGAUUCAGAUUCAAUCUUGUGCUGCCACAUAUGACAUUUUUCCUUGUAUUUUAUUAAUUUAUGAAACGUUUUGUUUCACUUGACCUUAUUUCAGAGUAGCCAUGACACUGAAGCUAGAGCUCCAUGAUCAUUCCGCCUGUUUUAUGGUUCAAAUCUCAUGUCGAUUACCAGCAGUAGAACACAGAGGACAGAGGUGUUUAAUACAUAUGUGGAUAUUUUUGUAUUUUCUUCCUUAUUUAUUCAUAUCUGAUCAUAUUUGAACCCUCAUUUAUUAUCAUCAGAUUAUGUACAUGAGAGGAAGACGUUAGAUUAAUUGAAUGUUAUUUAUUUACAUCCUUGAGUGCUUGUAUGUACCGGGGAAACACAGGUUUGUUCAUUUGAAGAAGAAAAAAAAGAAAAAAGAGCUUUCUUAUGUCUUGAGUUAAGAGAUUUAUGUGGACAUUGACAGUAUUUUCUUUCCUAGCUUUGAAUGAGGAAAAAAUGUAGUAUAUGUUUAAAAAUGGUAAUUUAAGUUAUUUAAGAAUGUAGUCUAGCCUCUUUUGGGAGGGAAUGAGCUUCUACUUGAUAUUUGUCAGUUUCAUUGUGUGUGUACAAUGGAUUGAGACAAAAAAAGCUCCUCUUGAAUCAGUUCUCUUGUAAAUAGACUGAUCUCGCCUUCUUCAGAUGUGAAGCAGGUGGGUGGUUCCUGCUCUUUGCUUUUAACUUGUAUUAUUGCUGUGUGCAUGCCAGACAUGGGCUUUCCUUUGCAUGGCGCUAGUGUAAUUGUUAACCCCCCCUUCUCUACUUCUUACUGCUUCCCCUGUGUUACUCGAGAGGGAAAAAAUUCUCAAACACCCCUCGUUUUUCUCCGUUCUUCUAGCCGCUAUUUUUGUCCUUCUCUCUUUCCCUGUCCUUUAGUGCUCUGAGUUUUGAGAUGCUUCCUCUUGUCUGUACCAUGUACCUCUACAAGGAAACAAACUCCAUCCUUCUUAUGAUCCCUAGUUUACUGACACAGUAAGACUUUUUUGACAGAACAAAAUGAAGCAAUACCUGUUGUUAACCAUCCUAUUUUAUACAGUAGCGUACAACUGAACAUGUCACUCGAGAGAAGUGAGCAAGACAAACACUAACUUUGGCCACGCAGAGCAGGAACAAACCAUGAAGCUGUAAAACCCCUUGUAACAUAACUGUGAGCAAUUUCAGAGCGGAAAAAAAAAAAGAAAUACAAAACAAAACAAUAAACUCAUUCACUUACUAGGAA